CGGUAACCUUCAGCAGCACCAGAAGUGCAUGUCUUUUACCUUAAGAAAUUCACGGAUCUCGAAGUAAUCACCAAGAUGUAUUCCAAGAUUGUUUUUGUCGGGGAUGCCCUCGUCAGCCUCCACUAGGUGAAUACCUUGAUUCACGCUUGUGUUUCACCAUGGACUCCUACCGGUUCUUCGGAGGCCUUCGAAGCCAAAAACUUUCAAAAUCGAAAACACAACUACUGAUCCUUUUUCAAUAAAUUAAACGGUCUAUUCUUCACCUGUUGUCAAGGCCUUGGGUCUCAACAUACCUACAUUGGUACUUGGCAGAACGUGUCUCGAACACAGAUCACAGGUUAUCAAGAUGAGCAACCAAACUAUGAACAAAAAGUCCUGGGAGUCUCUUUCUUCGACAUUCUCUGGCCUCGAAAUCUCUCUCUCUCAGGACAGCUGUUAUGCAUCUGAUGAAGUUUCAGUCACAUCGACUAACCCGACCACCGUCAAUUCGUCAGUGGUCUCGUCUGUAACACCUACUACGGCAACGGCAGAUCGUCCGUACUUGAAGCCGAUCUUAAAGAGACGGUAUGCCGAAAUCGAGGAAGACGAAGAAUCUGAGUCCGGCUAUGCAUCGGGUGCUUCUGAACAAGAGUUUGAGUUUUUAUCAGAAGAUGAUUCCGACUCCGACUCCGACUCCGAUUCGGAUUCCGAUGACGAUGAAGUGUACUACGUCACAUGCUGGGAAGAUGAAUCGGACUCCAUGUCCGAAUAUAGCGAAGAUGAUGACAAUGACUAUGAUUACGACGACGACUCAGCCGAUGGUUCCUUUAUUUCAUUCGGGUCAAACAAUGUUAGGUUUGACACCAACCUGCGCUAUAUUGAAGCGCCAGAGCUCCAAGAAGAAGACUCACCCUGUACGGAAUUGACCUGCCAUGAGCUUAUGGAGAUGGCAAGGGCAUCUGGCAGCCUCCAAUUACAGGAGGGAAACGAUAUCGGUGACGAUUUCGAUGACACCGAACAUGGCGGUAUCAGUGACUCCAUCAAGCAGCUGCCUGAAGAACAUACCAGUGAUGUCAUAGAUCUAGAUAAGCGGCUUUUCAUAGCCUACAUGAAUGGCAUCAAUGGGAUCGCUGAUCCCGGCUACAAGUCGCGUCUGCACGCGCGGGUUGGCGACAUCAAGAUGGGUCGUGUUACAUCGCCGUACUUGGAGGCAGAUAUUGCCGAUAGGGUUUAUCUUGAUCAUGCCCUCGACCAUGUGAUUGGAACAUUUCCCAACCUCGUUGCCAAGCAGGAGUUUGAUGAACUUUUAAGCCUCAGCGAAGAAAAGGGAGCUUUGGAACAGGCGACUAGGACCCGUGAGAGUCUUAACCUGAGCUUAUUGAAGAAGAUUGAGGGCCUUCUCUCCGAAAGAUUGGCCUGUGAUGUCAAGAUCGGACAUGAUGAGCUGAGCUUUUUUGCUGGUGGGGUCGCGUAUGCCCUUGAAAACUGGAAACCCUAUAUGGUCCAUUGAAAUGAUUUACGAUCAACAAAAGGCUUCAGUGCAGGAAGAACGAAGCCAACAUAGGACAAAAGUCUGACACGGAAACACUG